ACGCCUCAACCUCACUUGGCACGAGCGACGGGGGAGCUGACAGACGCAUGCGCAGUGUGCGUGUCAGCGGGUUGGUUGGGCUUGUGUUUACAGCUCGGCUGGAUGCUGUUGGCUGCUGAUGUGCCUGGGAAAGUGCAAUGUCGUGCCAAGCUCCACCGGAAUAAAAUAUCAGUGUGGGAAUAAAGGGGAUUUUGCUCAUCAUCUCCCACCGCUUCCUCCUCCCGUCUUCCAUUCAUGAGCAGCGUAGCUGAGUUUUACAGCGACAGCCAUGGAUGACAAGGGCUCAGUGGGGAAGAUUAGCGUGUCUUCAGACUCAGUGUCCACUCUCAACAGUGAGGACUUUGUCCUUGUGUCCCGGCUGGGGGAUGAGACACCCUCUUCUACUAAUAAUGGUAGUGAUGAUGAGAAGACAGGACUGAAGGUGAUUUCUGAGGAAGGGGUCAGCUUUAAGAUUGUGGGGAAUGGGAGUGAGCAGCAGCUUCAACGGGAGUUAGAGGACGUCCUCAUGGACCCGUCGGUGCAGGACGCCGGGCUGGGAUCAGAGCGGAGAUUAGAGAGUGUUUGCAGCGACGAUUCCAGCCCUCACCUUAAUCGACCGUCGCCCGUACCGCCAGGCCUGGACCCUCUGAGUUCACCGCCCCCCAAGCUGGAGAUGGUGCUUCCUGUUCAGACGCCCCAGGAGAGCGAGCUGAACGAGAGGUCUUACAGAGCAGAUGAAUCCUCAUCGGAGGGCAGUCCUUGCAGCCCCAUUCCAGACGAGGACAGCGUUGUGUUCAGCCAGCUCACAUAUCUAGGAUGUGCCUCGGUCAACGCCCCCCGCAGCGAGGUGGAGGCCCUGCGGAUGAUGAGCAUUCUUAGGGGGCAGUGCCAGCUCCCUCUGGAUGUUACCCUGUCUGUGCCAGGCGUGUCUGAAGGCACCGUCAGGUUGUUGGAUCCCCACAACAACACAGAGAUUGCCAACUAUCCCAUCUACAAGAUUCUGUUCUGUGUGCGAGGCCAUGACGGCACGCCGGAGAGCGACUGCUUCGCCUUCACUGAGAGUCACUACAACGCUGAGAUAUUCAGGAUCCACGUGUUCCGCUGCCAAAUACGAGAGGCGGUGAGUAGGAUACUGUACAGUUUUGCCACAGCCUUUCGGCGCUCGGCGAAGAAGUCCCUUCUCUCAUCGCAGCAAGCUCCUCCCCUCACUCCUGACAGUGACCUGUUCACCUUUACGGUCAGUCUGGAGAUUAAAGAGGAUGAUGGCAAGGGCACCUUCAGUGCUGUAGCAAAAGACAAGGACAAACAGAGCUUCAAGCUGCGCGCAGGAAUGGACAAGAAAAUUGUCAUUUAUGUUCAGCAGACCUCCAACAAGGAGCUGGCUAUCGAGAGGUGUUUCGGACUGCUGCUCAGCCCAGGGAAAAAUGUGAAAAACAGCGACAUGCACCUGCUGGAUCUGGAGUCAAUGGGAAAAAGCUCAGACGGAAAGUCUUACAUCAUCACAGGAAGUUGGAACCCCAACACGCCUCAGUUCCAGGCGGUAAACGAGGAAACACCCAAAGAUAAAUUCAUGUAUAUGACGACAGCAGUGGACCUGGUGAUCACAGAGGUCGAGGAGCCGGUCCGUUUUCUGCUGGAGACGAGGGUCAGAGUGUGCUCUCCCAAUGACCGGCUGUUCUGGCCCUUCAGCAAGCGCAGCUUCACAGAGACCUUCUACCUUAAACUGCGACAGAUGGAGCGGAAAGAGCGAAAGAGUCCUGCCUCUGACACACUUUACGAGGUGGUGAGUUUGGAAAGUGAGUCCGAAAGAGAAAAAAGGAAAACCACAGCGAGCCCCAGCAUCGUCCUGGGUGGAGCUGGCACCGGGGCUCCUUCGCCGCCGGAAGAUGAUGAGGAGGAAGAUAACGACGAGCCCCUGCUGAGCGGGUCAGGAGACGUCUCAAAGGAAUGUGCUGAGAAGAUUCUGGAGACCUGGGGAGACUUGCUGUCCAAGUGGCACAUGAACUUAUCGGUGCGUCCCAAACAGCUGCCAGCUUUGGUGCGAAGCGGGAUCCCUGAGGCACUCCGCGGGGAGGUGUGGCAGCUCCUUGCAGGCUGUCACAACAAUGACCACCUGGUAGAAGAGUAUCGAACUCUGAUUACAAAGGAGUCUCCCCAGGACAGUGCAAUCACCAGGGACAUUAACAGGACGUUCCCUGCUCACGACUACUUCAAAGACACUGGAGGAGAUGGGCAAGACUCCCUCUACAAGAUCUGCAAGGCUUACUCUGUUUAUGAUGAAGAGAUAGGGUACUGCCAGGGACAGUCUUUCUUGGCUGCAGUGCUGCUCCUGCACAUGCCAGAGGAGCAAGCUUUUAGUGUCCUGGUGAAGAUCAUGUUUGAUUAUGGGCUCAGGGACCUUUUCAAACAGAACUUUGAAGAUCUGCACUGCAAGUUUUUCCAGCUGGAGAGACUCAUGCAGGAAUGUAUUCCAGAUCUAUACAACCAUUUCCUGAAUGUGGGCCUGGAGGCUCAUAUGUAUGCUUCUCAGUGGUUCCUCACCCUCUUCACCGCCAAGUUCCCUCUCUACAUGGUCUUCCAUAUAAUUGACUUGCUACUGUGUGAGGGAAUAAGUGUGAUUUUUAAUGUAGCCUUGGCGCUUCUAAAGACGUCAAAAGACGAUCUAAUCCAAUCGGACUUUGAAGGUGCACUCAAGUUCUUUCGUGUCCCGGUCCCAAAGAGGUACCGCUCUGAGGAAAACGCCAAGAAACUGAUGGAACUGGCCUGCAGCAUGAAGAUCAGCCAGAAGAAGUUGAAGAAAUUUGAGAAAGAGUAUCACACCAUACGGGAGCAACAAGAGCAGCAGGAAGCCCCGAUUGAGAGAUAUGAGCGAGAGAACCGACGCCUGCAGGAGGCCAACAUGCGCUUGGAGCAGGAGAACGACGACUUGGCGCACGAACUAGUCAGCAGCAAGAUCGCCCUGAGAAAAGACCUCGACAACGCUGAGGAGAAGGCAGACGCCCUGAAUAAAGAGUUGCUGCUGACCAAACAGAAGCUGGUGGACUCGGAGGACGAGAAGAGGCGACUGGAAGAGGAGUCUGCUCAGCUGAAGGAGAUGUGCAGACGGGAGCUCGAUAAGUCGGAAUCUGAGAUCAAGAAGAACGGUUCCAUCAUUGGGGAAUACAAACAGAUUUGCUCCCAGCUGAGCCAACGCCUGGAGAAGCAGCAGACAGCCACCAGAGGGGAGCUGGAGAAAAUCCGAUCCAAAGUUGAAGGCUGUGAGAAGUGCAGCAGUCUCUUCAACAAGGAGGGGCGUGUGCGGCCCGCCGUAACCACGGCGCCCGCCGGGGGAACGGAGGAGACGGACGAGGAGAAGGAGAGCCUAAAGAACCAGCUGAGGGAGAUGGAGCUGGAGCUGGCGCAGACCAAACUACAGCUGGUGGAGGCGGAGUGCAAAAUCCAGGACCUGGAGCACCAUCUGGGUCUGGCUCUGAAUGAGGUGCAGGCCGCCAAGAAGACCUGGUUCAACCGAACGCUCAGCUCUAUCAAGACCGUCACCGGGACCCAGGGGAAGGACACCGCCUAACCUGAUCACCCACUUUUAACUCCCCUCGCCAUCCCUCCCCCCUUUGGGCCAAUAACUGAACCUUAAGCAUUAACCGUUAAACCUGAGGGGGUCGUCUUCUUCUUCUUCUGUAACAAAAAACUGUUUUGAACGAGAGUCGCCCCAACUGUCCAAAUCUUUUCCCAAAAAUAAACCACAACCUGGGAGCACCGAUGACAAAACCACAAAAAGAUGUAAAAAAACGGGGUUUCCCACAGAGACGAUGUACUUGUUCGCACAGGAGGAGCACUGCUGAAGGAGGAGAAAUGGGCGGUUUCUGUUGGAGGGACCUGCCAGAAGAAAACACUUCCAGCCUCUUCACACGCCCACCUAAACUACUGGCACAAAACAACAACUCCCCGUCUGUCUUUGGUUUGGUUUUUAGGUACGAGAUCUGAUAGACGCCUUUUGAAAACGAAGCUUUUCACUUUUUUGUUCAUUUUUUUGUUAGUUUUUUUAUGCUUUUUCACAAUGUUGCUGAUGUAAAGAGAGUUUAUGUGUGUGGGAGCUUAUUGUUUUCUAUUGUACGUGGUUUUGUCCGUCUUGUGAGACUGAUUGAAUGGAUUUGUGUAUCUCCGGUAUGCGGGGGGGACUCAGAGAAGCGAGGAAGAAAAAGCACUAAGAGUAUGAGUGUGUGCAUGCAUGUUUCUAAUGUGUUCAUAAGUUAUGCUAAAGAAGAGUUUGCUGACAAAGCCUGAAGAUGAAGGUCGAUGAAGACAGGAGGACGUGAAUUCUGUACAGUUGGAGGUUUAUUACCACAAAUGUUCUCAAAUGAGGGGAAAUCAGAAAUCCCUCGAGGUUAGUUUGGCUUUUUUUUUUAUUUUAGCACGAAGAAGCUUAAAACUAGCCAAAUGUGCGUUCAUUCUAAAAUACAGAUGUGUGAGAACACUAAGUGAAGCCUGUGAACCUGUAGAACUGUGUACAGAACUUUAUCAAUCCCGCCACACUUGAAAAGCAGUUUGGACCUCUGAUGGUUUCUAACCUAAACUUCUGCAUAAAGCAGAUCAAACAUGAAAAUGAUAGAUUUAGAUGCUCAAACUUUGUUUAAAAAUGGCUACAAGGUCUUUCUGCUCCAUAAUGUGGAGAAAAAUGUCAGAAAUAUUUGUAUUCUGACUCUUUGUGGUCACAAUACUUCUAAAACAUGCAAAACCUACGUUCUUUUAAAGAGUAUAAAAUCAUCAAAUCCCUUAAAAAAUGCUCCUGGAAUGUAAGGCAGAACCGAAAGUGGGAGUUCCUUAAAACGCUUGUGUCUGUGAGAGGGAAUAAUCAAGUUUAUGCUUCACUGUAUCAGAACGAAACAUUAAAAGAAAGAAAACUGCACCUUUUUUUGUUCUUCUUCCCCAGCCGAAGAUCAAGCGUUCCUCUAACUGAACUUGAAGCGGUGCAGUCUGACCGAUCCGAGGAGAACUGCUCCAAAAGCACUGGGCUGUAAAUAAACAUCAAAAGCUAAAUACUGAAUUUCUGUUGAUGAUUUUUCUACUAUGUAACUAUAACUCAUGUUGCCUACCUUUUUUCUCCUAGCUGCUGCUGUGCUCCAGUUCAAUUCACACCGUUCUUUUCUAUUUUAAUGUCUAAUUUUGUUGUUUGUUUGUUUGCUCCAGGCUUCUCAGUGGCACUGAUGUUUGGUUAAUUAAACGCCAAAACGUAGCUUUAUCAUCCAAUGACAUAAACAUUAACACAGUGUGGAUAUUGUGAUAGAAUAGACUCCAUUGUGUAAUGAUUUUAAUAUAAAAAGAAUCAACACUAUGUUUUUGCCUCAUAUUUAAACAAAUGGAACGUUUCAAAAGGUUUGAUUUUAUUUUGAACUCAAAAGCAUCAAAGAAACAUUUUUAUUAUUUAAGUCAGUUUUCUGCGGUUUGGAUCAGAUGUUUUUGAAAUAGAUGCUGUUUUUAUUCAUGACUACACCGGCACUAAUCCUUUGGUUUUUGUACUGCUAACUGGAGCCAAAUGCAGUUCACCCGGUGACCACUAGGGGCUUGUAAGACUCGAGUCAGUCUCCCAUUUGCUCAUGUUAAACUGUCAAACAGAAAUAAACAUCCUUCCAGGCUGGUUUAAAA